GCUGAUAUCUGUCAAUUGGGAAUGGACCAGCGAAAAGUGAAUGUGCUUGCAAGAGAAUACUGUGAAGAUAUAAAGAGGAAAAACAAGCCUAUCAUUUUGUCUCAUCACAUGCUGCCUGGCUUGCAGGAGGGUCAAGAGAAGAUGUCCAAAAGUGAUCCGUCAUCCUCCAUUUUCAUGGAAGAUGAAGAGGCAGAUGUGAAUCUCAAAAUAAAGAAGGCUUUCUGCCCACCCAAGGUUGUAGAGAAAAAUCCGUGUCUAGAAUACAUCAAGUACAUCAUCUUUCCCUGGUUUAAUGAGUUCGAGGUGGAGCGAAGUCUUGAAAAUGGCGGUAACAAGACCUUCUCAACUUUUGAGGAACUUAUUAGUGACUAUGAAUGUGGUAGCUUGCAUCCUGCUGACCUUAAACCUGCUCUCGCAAAAGUGCUGAACAAGAUCCUGCAGCCUGUGCGUGAUCAUUUCAAGAAUGAUUUCAAGGCAAAGGAACUUCUUAAGAGGGUAAAGAGCUACAGAGUUACCAGGUAAUGGAAAUGAAAUCAAGAUAUGCGUCUUCAAACCAUCCACUUUAGAGCGAAAAACUAGAUUUUAUUAUUAUUACAGAUUAAAGACGUUUGCUUGGUUAUUUGUCUUACAAUUUUGUAUGUUGUUCUAAAACUUCUGGAUGUUUACAAACUCUGAAACCCCAUCAUACCCAAAUUUAUCUAUGCAGCACCUUAUAAUAGUAGACUAUAUCAGGGGAUGCUUGGAACAGAUAAUAGCCCCAGAGAUUUUGUUGCAACGAAAAU